UAUUCCCUACACUACAUUGAAUUUGGUCAGCUGCCUAACAGCUGCUCGAUACGAACUCAAUUUUAAGAAGUAUUUUAAUCAUUUAAUACAAAGGACAAGAAAUUAAACAUUUUUUUAGUCCGAAAAAAUUAAAAAUUCACCCACUCAAAUGGUAGUGGAAUAGCCCAUAUAGAAAAUCUAUCGCUUAUUCCGCACUUCGAUAAGUCGGCAGAAAAAUUUAAACUCCGUGUGAAUCCCAUUUAUCGAUAGAGAAAAAUACACAACUAUUUGACGUUUAACUUGACGUUUGUAAUUCGGGGACUUUCUUAAUUGAGAUUUCUAAGAAAAGCACGGCAGAAUGGCAAUGGCAGAACCGGAUGCAUACGAACCUCCUCAGGAUUUGCUGUCCCAUCAGGGGACACCGCUUAUUUUGGCCCUUAACGACGACUGCUUGGAGCGUGUCCUGAAAAAACUAGCACUGCAGGAUCAGGUGCGAUUCGCCAGGACCUGCCUACGGUUCAGGACAAUCUACAAGAUGGCCACUGCCAGGCUCCACAAGUCCGUAAACUCGGAUGAGCUGGAGAGAUGUACCACAUGGGAAGUACGCGACUUCUUCAAGCUAUCAGGAGCCCACGUUCAGGGCAUUAAGAUCAGGCACAUGGAGGAGAGUCUGGCCGAAUUGGUAGGGGAAGAAUGCAGCAAUCUGAAGACAUUGCAUUUUGGGUUCUGCCGCCAUAUGCCUAGUUUCAUGAAGCCCAUCAUCGAAAAAGCUUAUCAUCUCGAAGUCCUGAAGAUGUGCUCCACAAAUAUUCUCGAUGAAGACAUUUCUGUGCUCCAAAGCCUUACCAAUCUAAAAGUCCUUGAGUUGAGCGAAAGUUUGAUAACUGGUUGCACCCUAAAUGUGUUACCCACUUCCAUCGAGGUUUUAACGCUCAACUGCCUGAUUUUGGACGUCGGUUACCUUUCCAAGACCUGCCAGCGCCUAACCAAACUGAGAUCCCUCGACCUUCGGCGUUUGGAAAGCUAUAAGGACGUCUUUAAAACGUUGGUAAUGGAGAACUCUUGUCCCUCGCUGGAGGUGCUCCGAUUUACCAUGAAUCUGAGUCGCCACUACGAGUAUGUGGCUCAACUGCCAAGCUUAAAAGAGCUAGUGAUUUGCAGUGACUUAGUGGACAGUUAUGGGAACGACCUUUUAAGUCCACAUGCUAGGCAAUCGUAUAAUGGAAUAUGGAGCGAAGUCCUCGACGGACUGGUGAAGUACAAGAACCAGAAGCUGGAGCACCUAACAAUUGGUCGCCGCCUAACCAAGGAGCAGCUGAUGCAGGUGGGCAAGCUCAGCGCCCUUCGAGUCCUCUGCCUUUCCUGGGUGGACUUUGACUGUACGCCGAUCGCCAAUCUCAAACUGUUGGAGAAGAUGGCCCUCAAUGAUUCAUUAGUCAGUGACUCAAUGGUAUUGACCCUUUUUCACGCCUGUCCAAAACUCCACUGUCUCGAAUUGAAUGCUUCUUGCUUAAACGCUAAGUUCAUACAGGGGAUCGCUGACCGGGUUCGCCAGGAGUUAACCAACAGUAACAUGCAGAGAAAGCUGCCUAUUGAAGUAGGGUUUUUUACGAUCGACUUGGAAAUAAGGAAGUUUAUUAGCAACAAUCCUGAAGCGGCGCCCAAAAAUAUCAUUAAAUUGAAGGGACAUUACGAGUAAAACUCUUGGGUGGAUUUGUUUGACUUUUAAAAAGAAAUUUGUAACUUGUGGAACAAGUACAAUUAAUCAAAGUUGUAAACACUGGAUUGUUUAAGUUUAAUUAAAUAUUUAAAUACAAUUUUAAA